AUGGCCGGUUUCGGCCAGGAUGAACUCACUUUGGUCGAAUUCGUCCUCCAUCCCGACCAGAUCUCCAGUCUCGUUUAUGGGCGAACCUUCCAGGAUUCCAUGCGCUCAGAAAUGGCGUCCCAGCUUUAUGCCGCCACCGACCAACUCAAGGACGGCAUACUCGCUUUCGCCAACGCCCUAUUAGCCAACAAGCACGCCACGGUUGCUGAAAACCUGAAUGAUCCUUCUUGUCAAAGAGGUUCCAGAGCGCUCCAGAAGUUGGCAACCAUACAGACAACCUCGAUCGAAGACGCUCGGGCUGCUUUGGCUCUUGCAAUGAUGAUUAUUACCUACAACGACAUCACGAUAGGGGCUUCUACUCUUCCAAUAGCAAGAUCAGCUCUCCUCCAAGCUCUGCCCUGGAAACAACAGCUGAUACGCGCAACGCUAGAGGAUACAGAUCCGAAUAUUAUAUGCAUUCUGUUCGUGGAGGUAACGGAGUGCAUUGUGUUGGGAGAAACACCGGUCUUUCGUUAUGAGCCUUCACAAGAGAACACAAUUGUUGAUCGUUACUAUGGAGUAUGCCCGGAGCUUCUCCCAUUUCUUUACGACGUUUGUCUUCUAUGCAAUUCUGUCAGGUCGGGCACUGCUUCCUGGAUCGAUGUUAGCUUAGGGAUUGAGUGGAUCAGCUCAUUGGUCGACCAGUGGUCACCAGAAGCGGCUCUUCAGCUACGUGAUGAGAUUGUUGUGGAUAGAGACGAGAAGCAACACUUCUUACUUCAAGCCAAAGCCUUCAAGUCCGCAGUUCAGCUUUUACUUUUGCAGAUUCAAAGGACCCCUCUUGGCGACGCGUUAGCACAUGACAAAGCUGUGCAACUCCAUGCAGAAAUCCUGGAUGUUAUGGAGCAAGGAGUCGACAGACCGAAUUACGUCCUUUUUCCCUACUUCGUGGCGUGCCUGGACAACUUUAAUGUGGAUGAAGAUCUGGAAAGUCCACUCCUUGAGACCAUGAAUAAGAUCAGCAACGGCUUAGCACCAAGAGCGUGCCAGAGUAUGGCGGCAGGGCUGAGACAUAUAUGGGCCAAUCGACGACGCAGACCAGCUUUACCUUGGUUCGAGUGCAUUGACCAAGGAUUAUCUGUGGCCAUGGGACCAUGA